AGGGAGAAGGGAGAAGGAAGAGAGAGAGAGUGAGACUGAGAGAAGAGAGAGAGAUCAGACAAAGGGGGGAAUGGGGAGGGCUCCUUGUUGUGACAAGGCAAAUGUGAAGAAGGGGCCAUGGUCACCUGAAGAAGACUCAAAGCUUAAGGCGUAUAUAGAGAAGUAUGGGACUGGAGGGAAUUGGAUUGCUCUCCCACAGAAAGCUGGAUUGAAGAGGUGCGGGAAGAGUUGCAGAUUGAGGUGGCUUAACUAUCUUAGGCCCAACAUUAAACAUGGAGAAUUCUCUGAUGACGAAGACAGGAUAAUCUGCACUCUCUUUGCUAACAUGGGAAGCAGGUGGUCAGUCAUAGCUACUCGGUUACCAGGCAGGACUGACAAUGAUAUUAAGAACUACUGGAACACCAAGCUCAAGAAGAAGGUAAUGGGGAUGUUCUCGUCCUCUCAGAGGAAACUACCACCAUUCCCAUCUGUUCAAACCCCACCCUCUCCAUCAAUCUCGUGUUCCUAUUACAUCCCACCAAGUACUUUCCCAGGCCAUGAAUUGCCCAUUCCAUUCCCAUCAACUCAUUUGAACAACAACACUUCUCCAUUGACCAACGUCUCUCUCCUUCAAACCCAAGAGACCUUUGCGGGACCCGGCCAGUACUACCCAGUAAAAGACAACCUCUUCAUGUUCGCAAGCGAAGCAAGCUGCAGUUCCUCUGAUGGGAGCGGCAGUCAGAUCAGCUUUGGCAGAGAUAUCAAACAAGAAGAAAUGGGGAAUUUCCAGAGUUAUAUCCCUACUGGUUUCGAAGAAAACCACAAGUUCAUGAUGGGUUAUGGCGGCAGCAAUGGAGGUCAUGAUCAUAAUGUGAAUCACUGGCCUGAAAAGCCAAAUGGGUGCUUCGGAGGGAGCCCAUUAGAUCAGUAUAAUCUUGAUCAAGAGGAUGUGAAGCAACAGCUCAUUAGCUGCAGUAAUGGGUGUACCAGCAGCUUCUUCAUUGAUGAAAACAAGACACAAGAGAAGGUGAUGUACUACUACUGAAACUGACUGAAAGUAGCGUCAGAAAGAUUUGAAGGGGUAUGGUGGGAGGAGAUUCAGAUUAGACUUCAGUUUCUGGGGCUCUGUGUUUGUUGAAAUGAAACACUUCUUUUUUUGACAGUACAUGGUUUAGCUUUUUAUUUUGUGCAUUUCUUUUUGGGAAGUGAUGUUGUUGUGUGUCCGUACUCUUCUCUCUCUGAACUGCACAACCCCCAAUCGCAAAAUAAAUGCCCAUGAAAACUAGACUGUAAGUUAUCAUCAUUCAAGAAUCUCAUGCCAAGCUUGAACCCUCC